AUGACGAAUGACACGGGAAAUGUAGACAUCAUGUUCUCAAAGGAAGACCUCAUGUACGCCUCUCCGCGGAUGAACUUGAUGGCUCCCAGCAAAACGUCCUUCCUCAUACGCGACAUUCUGGGAGCCGGCUCAAAUUCCACGACGACGACGCACAACUCGCUUUUCGACUGCACGACGUCCACGGCAGCGGGCGGUACAGACGCGGCCAGCGCUGCGACUGCGGCGGGAAUCGCAGCCCUGGUGGCUCUCCGCGGCGCGGCAGCUGGACCCAGCUGGACCUCGGUCGCUAGAACCGCUGAGCCACAGGUCGAACAACCACCAUCUUGCUGCGGAGGCUUCCUUCUGGGUUGUGUCACGGUUCCCUGCCUGAGCUGCGCAACGUCUUCGUGGAAUGCAGCCGGCUACCCAGACGUGAGCGCCGCGUACCUGUCGGGCGGGGGCGCCUCGUGGCCUUCGUCCGCGUUCCCGCUCAGCCCGGCGGCGUCUUCGGUGGACGCCCUGGCCGGCCCUGCUUUCGGCGCGCAGCAGCCGCACUCGGCGGCCGCCCUGAGCCCCUCGGUGGCCAGCGACGCCCUGCACGCGGGCCGCGAGCUGCGCAAGGCGCGGCGCAACCGCACCGUGUUCACCGAGGGCCAGCUGAUGGGCCUCGAGCGGCGCUUCGACUCGCAGAAGUACCUGUCCACCCCGGACCGCGCCGACUUGGCGCGGGUGCUGGGACUCACGCAACUGCAGGUCAAGACCUGGUACCAGAACAGGCGCAUGAAGUGGAAGAAACAGGUGAUGCAGGGCGGGUGUGCGGUGCCGCCGACGAAGCCCAAAGGCCGCCCCAAGAAGAACUCUAUCCCGUCCCUCGCCCAGUGCCAGCAGGCGCAGCGGCAGCUCGCCAUGGCCGCCGCCUCUGCACGGCAGCCAGCCACGGACAGCAUGGCUUCCUUCGAGACACGCAACGGCUAUAGUAGAUGAAACAGCCACGACAUGUAGAGCAGUGGUUACUCUCAAUCACAUAUACGUGACGGAGGCCAUUCUUUCCUAAUGCGCAGAAACAUUCACAGUAAUAUAAGCACCAAAUUCGGAGUUGAAUGACGAUGAACGUGUUAUGUUAGAUACUUUCAGGAUUACGUUCUAGGUGGCAUAUAUUGCUCUUCUAGUCGACGAUCAGUGAGAAAAGUGACGCUGCGUACCGUAGACGAUGGUUCUCACUUCGGGUUUGACUGAAUGCAGUCGCAAUGUCACUUUAUA